AUGUAAGUAUUAACACCAGCUGAUCUAAAAUCAGAUAAAAAAGUAAUUUUAUAUGGUACAACUCAAUGCCCUUAUUGCACUAAGGCAAAAGAUCUAUUGAAAAGUCUUAAUAUAGAAUUUGAAUAUAGAGGAACUGAUGUGUCAGAUUAAUUUAAGUAAGAAAGAAAAGCAUUAAAAUAAAUUUAAAUUAUAAAACUGUUCCUAUGA